CUACGCUUCUCCUUCUCCUUCUCCUUCUUCUUCUUCUUCUUGUGCUGCUACUGAAGAAGAGCAUGGACGCCGCCGCCGCCAUGGCCGCCGGCGGCGGGGAGGAGGAGGAGGACAAGGCGCGCAUGGAGGCCGUCGCCGACAAGCUCCAGACCCGAGACGCGAUACGGCUGUACAACUGGGUGUCGCACCGGUGCUUCUCCGACUGCGUCACCACCUUCUACCGGCGAACCCUCGGCAAGAAGGAGGAGGACUGCGUCAGGUCCUGCGUCCGCAAGUUCCUCCUCCUCUCCUCCGCCUCCGCCGCCCGCUUCGCCCACCUCGCCGACCCCUCAUCCGCCUUCGACGACUGACCUCAACCUUCUCCCAGAUUAGAUUCUUAUACUCUAGCUUCUUUUCAUCACAUCAGAUAGGAUGAAUGCGCGAAUCCGGAUUCAUUAGUACUGUUUCAGUGGCUGGAUCGGAGUAGGGGUUCCUUUCUUGCUGUUGCUGCUGUAUCAAACAAAUGGGAUUUUCGAGCUUUGAUUACGACAUAUCGAGAGUUUUUUUGACACAAACGAAAUACUAGUAUCAAUUUGAUGCUAUCUAUCAGAAUGUUUCUUUUGCUGUCUGAAUCGAAGCUGCUGUGUGUGCUUUAAUGGGGUUCAACACAGACUGGAUACAGAUUUCUUCUUCUUGCAGUGCAGGAAGGAAGUAGUAGCAGUUUUGUCUGCAAUCCCACACUAAUCUUCCUCUUUAGAUUCAGCUUCAGUUACAGCCUAGUCAUGUCUCAUCAGAUGAGAGUAGUGAAAUACAAAUGCCAAUCUCAGUUUCUCACAUCCUAUUGCUUGCUGUAUCAAACAAUGGAUAGUUUUUGGAGCCUCAUUUGGAGGGGAGAUGUAUCAAUUCGAUGCUAGUAUGUGGUCUUUUAA